AUGAUCUGUCUUUUGCAGGGAUCAUGGCGACCAGCGUCUAUGGGUAGGCAGCUGCAGGUUGCAGUAAAAGUUCUGGAUUUGGAACGCUUUCCAACAAAGUUGGAUGACUUUCUAAAGGAGGCGGCUAUUAUGAACAGUCUUGACCACCCUGACAUAGUUCGAUUAUAUGGCAUCUGUGUUGCUUCCAAGUGUCUGAGAUUGGUGACUGAGCUUGCACCGUUGCGUUCUCUGCUGGAGUGUCUGCGCGAGCCCGACCUACGUGCCUCCUUUCCCGUGGCCACGUUACACAACUUUGCCAUCCAAAUUGCACGUGGUAUGGCCUACCUGGAAGAGGAGCGUCUGGUACAUCGUGACCUCGCUGCACGCAACAUCCUCGUAUUCGCCAAGGAUAAGGUGAAGAUUGGCGACUUUGGACUGAGUCGAGCUCUACAAUUGGGCAAGUCUUACUAUCAGACAAAUUUCAACGCAAAUUUGCGUUUACCGAUCGCGUGGUGUGCACUGGAAGCCAUCCACGAGUUACGUUUUACCAGCGCUAGCGAUGUCUGGUCUUACGGAGUGACGCUCUGGGAGAUGUUCACCUACGGCUUUGUCCCCUGGGCGGGCCUCUCGGGUCGUCAGAUCCUGGAGGCUAUUGAUGUGCCAAAUUGUCGACGUCUUACUCAACCGGACACCUGUCCGGACGCUGUCUUUGAUGCUGUUAUGCGUGCAUGCUGGAACCACGAGCCUGCUUCUCGUCCUACCUUCACCCAGCUCGUCGAAAUGCUGCCCCAUUUGAGUCCUCAGGCGUGGUGCGUGGUGGAAGAUAGCGGAGAAACAGGGUCGUCUGUUCCACACACUGUGGAGGACAUUCGCAACCUCCUUACGGAGAAUGUUCCUCAAAAUGGCAACGCAGAUGGGGGCACAGGUGCAGUCGAUGCUGAGAACUCUGCAGCACAAAGCAAUAAGACCCUUCUGCGUGCUCGUGCCGGUGAGACAGUCUAUGUGCUAAGCAAAAAAGACCCAGAGUUAUGGAAGGUGGUGUCCCAUUCAACUUGUCAGGUUGGUCACAUAUCCCCCGAAAAUCUCCGAAUUGUACCAGAUACCAUUGACUCUACCACUUUGCGAUCUAUCGGUACAAACCCGCACCAAAAUCACCACGCCACCACUCUUUCACGGAUGCGCCUCCGUUUCAGCCGACGGGAAUCGAAUCGAAAUUCGCCCAGAGGAGGGAAGAAAUUUAACCGGGAUCUCAUAUCGCUGCCGCAAAACGACUUUCGCCAUGUUGGGCAUGUGGGUGCCGAUGGUACCAUGUUCGGGGAUGUCGGUUUCUCCCUCGACAACGUUGAUGAAAAUGAAGGAGGUCCGAGUCCUGCGGACAGCUGCAUGACCAUUGAAAGCAUUUCUGACAAGGAGAACCCACGUCUCUCCGGCGUUACAACAGGCGAGGUAGCUCUUACAUUUUUCCUUGCUCGUUACCAAGGUGUUGGUUGCUGUGCUGUCACGCCAGUGCCCUUUCAACGAGUUUGCUACAUCAAUGGAGGCAACGUUACUAACUCGGCAGUAAAGUUUCCCUUAAAACACCUCUUCAUCACUCAGCGCGCUGGUCGUAAUUCUUCUGUCACCGAUCGAACUAAAGUGAUGACACCUCAGGCUGUCGCCACCGCCACUACCCCAGAGAACUGUGGAAUUCCAUUUGCUACCAACUCAAACCUCACUUCUAUCAAUCCAUCGACCGUCACGGAAAUUGUCAGCGCUCCUUCUUCCUCCCCCUGGCUUACCACUCGAACUACAAAUGUUGAAGAUACAGAGCCUUCAAUUCUCGAUAUGGGCUCCUCCUUCAUGGAUGAGAUCUUCCAGUGCCUCUCGGCCAAAACCGAUGGACUAGUUCUGGUGGAUACGGUCCCGACGACCAAUACGACGCACCAUUCAAACCCUGAAGUGUCAGAACUGCCGAAAUCACCGCCACCCCUAGCGUCUACGGUUCUGCAGAGAGAUGCUGCAUCACUUCCACCUGAGGAAGUAGCUUCUUCAUCUGCCCUGCUUUCGGUGAUACCUAAACCUUCCCGAAGCCGUGAAGCCACUCCCUUCGAGGCAUCUUGCUCCAAUGCUACCAUCAACUCUACCUCUACGAAGCGCCUCAGCCUUGACCAUACAAAUGGUGAGCGAUACAAGGAAUCCUCACCAACUCUCUGCGGCUCUACCGAUGGUGUGGGUCGGACCUCACGUACAUCUCUAGUCGACAACAGUCCAUUGAGACGGGGUAAAGCGGGAGAUAUUGAUGAGGUUAGCGGUGGUAAUGGGGUCUUCGCGAACGCUACACACACUCUGACUCGUGCCUUCCGCAAGUCCAGCGCUUCGCUCACCCGUCGAUCUGCGCAGGCAGCGUCGGAAAAAGCGCCAUCUGCCCUGUCCCUCGAACAACCGCUCCAUCAGCGUCAAAUGCCUCCUUUGAAAGCUCGCCUGGAUGCAACCGGAAAACUUAAACGACCUGCUAUCAGUGGGCCUGUAAUGAUCAAUAAUCCCACUCCCGUUGCUGGCGCUUCUGUAGCUUCUUUCCUCUCCUCGGAGGGAACGACAACAGCUGCGGUAUCCACACCACCAUCCUCAUCAACGUCAUCACGUGGCACCAGUCGGGGCUCCUCCAUAACCGCUAUCUCCUCACCCCUCUCUCUGGUAGGAGUAGGGGCUGUGACACCAAUUACCACCACUACUCCUUCCAUAUCUCCGGCUCCCUCCACUUCUUCCCUUGCCACGUCAAGCACCUCCUCCCCAAAUCUUGUGCUCCACCACCCUGGUCAUGGCCACUAUCAAGGUUCGAGAUUUACUGGUGCCAUUGGGACAGGCGGCAGUGGCGGCGGCGGACUGCGAGCGCUGCGAGAUCGUGGCGACCUGGUAUUUCGGGCUCCGCCAGCCUCAGCUGCUAUUGGUGGUCGGCGCAGAACUAACGCGAUCUCUGGGACUGAACACCAACCCAGGUAG